GUCACUAGUUGCCAAAAUACUAAAUAGGAUGUGAUUCAAUCCACUACGGCACAUAAUAUCCGUAUGGUUUUGGUUGUGACCACAAAUUUCGCCCCAUACCGCACAAUCACCCAAUAAAAUCACGAUCUCAUUAAAUUCCACGUAUACUAGUAUUGUAGUACAAUACAAUACAUAUACUAUACGACUCAAUUUUCCUUUUGAGCGGAAAAUGUACUACCAUUUCACAGAUUCAUCACACCAACAAUCCCUAAAGAAACUAAUUAUUACUCACCAAACUAUAUAACCAUAAUACAGCACAGCAUAGCAUAGCACGGCCGAUUCAGAUCUCACGCAAACAUGGAUGAUGGUGGACACAUGCACGGCAUGGAUGGGAUGUCAAUGGCACCAAAAUCAUCAUCCAAUGGAACCAUGAUGAUGGGUCAUAAGAUGCACAUGACUUUCUUCUGGGGAAAAGACGCGUUGAUUCUAUUUGACGGUUGGCCUGGGGGUAAAACCGGUAUGUAUGUAUUGGCCUUGAUUCUUGUUUUCUUCAUGUCCGUACUCAUCGAAUUACUUUCCCGUACCCGCUUCAUUAAACCCGGUUCGAACCCUGUUGCGGUCGGUUUGGUUCAGACCCUUUUACAUGCACUUAGGAUUGGAUUAGCUUAUUUGGUUAUGUUGGCACUUAUGUCUUUCAAUGGAGGUGUUUUCUUGGUUGCUGUUCUUGGUCAUGCUCUUGGAUUCUUCGUUUCUACCAGUGCUUUCAAAAAACCUCACCACGAUGACCCUUACGAUCUUCCUCCCUUAUCUUGUUAAUUGUUUUUACUGUUUCUUUUUUUUAAUAAUCAGAAAUUUCAUUUCCUGUCUUUGAUUUUUACUCUAGGUAAUUAACAAGUUUUGUAAUGAAUUUGUAGUUGGGUUAAAAUAUAGAUAGAUAUGCAUAUGUAUUUUAUACAGGUUCACUUUAUUUGUGUUUGAUAGUUCCGUAA